AAGGAUGUAAAGCAAACAUUUCCAAAAAACAAUCAUUGUGUCAAUCUGUCAAAUAUCACAUCAUAAAUUAUCACUUUUCAAAAUUUAAGUUUAUAUUACAAUAGAAUGUAUAAGUUUUUAUCGCGCCAUAUCUCCAAAUCUCAUAGUGCCACUUCCAAUUUCACCACUAUUUAUAGAAAGGUGUCAAAGACACAAAAAAAAUCAUGUACUGUUCGUAAGAGAUCUAUGUCAGAAACCAGUGUUAAAUCUGAAGUGGAAGCUGACGUGAAUGUUGAAAAGAAACCGAAUGAAUUUGCUUACGAAGUAAAGUCAGGAAGAACUUUUCCAGCAGUUUGGACCAGAAACUAUAACUACCAUCCCAUAAAAAAAUCUAUAUUUUUUGAAAAACCAAAAACUGCUCCACAAUUAAGAAGAUUACAUGGUACGUCGUCAAAGGAUGUCUUCACUUCCGGCUUUUACCAGAUAAACAAAAAAACUACAAAACAAAUUCCUCCUUUUGUAAGAGUUACGGAUAUAUACAGACAGGCCAUGGAAUGUACCAACCAAUAUUCAAACACAGAACGUCAAAAAACGAGAGUUACUAAUAAUUACAGCUGUGUAAAUCUACAGCUCUCUCCGAUAAAAGUCGAAGAAUUUUUACACGAAAGAAAUAAGACCGGGUCCCAAAAACAGCGACCAAGAAAAAAACAAAUAAUUCAACCCAAACAACUUCCCCAAGUGCAACAAAAAACUAAAAAAGCGAAAACAUCUGCAUGCCGUAACCUAAAGAAGCCGUUCGAGAUUAAGUAUCCCAUUACAAACGUUAAACAGAAAAUUACAUUUGGUAAAAUACAUGUCAGCCGUAGCACUGAUAAUAAGUUUGAGAAAAAGAAGAAAAAAGAAACACUUCAUUUCGCAAAAAGAAAUGGUAGAAAUCAUAAGCAAAUAUCGCAAGAAAGAAAGAUAUCCUAUAACAAAUCACCUGACGAAUCAAACAAAGGUGAUACAGAUAAAAAAAAUAAAUUAAAGCCGGACAAAAAUGCUUAUCAAACUCUGGUAAACAAAAAUGAUAAAGAAAAUAAAACGAAGUAUCAGUAUUUGACCAAACCAAAUUCAAAUUCAGACGAUUAUAUUGCUUCGAAAAUCCUGUUAGAAAGUGAUUCAAAGGUAAUACAAGCUGUCCAAAAGGCAGAAAACAAUAAAUUUGUAGUACCUAUAAAAGGUAACGUUAACCUUAAAGAGUCGGUAUGCACUUCGGAGAAGGUAACAAGGUUAAGAAGCACUGAAAAAAAUAAAAAUACUACUAAAUUGGUCAUAGAAAAUGCAAUGCAGCAUGGUAUUGCAUUACCAACUAAACACUUUAUAGAUUUUAAAGAUCAGAUGGAAUUUACAAAAAGAGAGUGUAGACUAGCUCAAGUUAAACCUUUUUCAACAAAUGUGGCUUCCAAUUCGCCACAAAAAAAUGUUAAUACGAAAAAUUUCUAUGGCAUAAGAUCCCGUAAACCAAUAGAAAUAAACAGUAAAAAUUCUUCUGAUUUAAAAUAUCAUCAAAUUCUCAAAGAAAAUAAAAAUUCUACUAGUAUUGAUAACACCCAAAAAUUAAAGGAAAAUGAUUUUAAGCCUCUUAAAGAAUAUAUCGAUGUAAAUAAGGAUACAAGUUAUCUUCUUGAAGAUAACAAAGGAAAAGUAAUAUUUUUUAAUAAUUUUCAACGGGAAAAAAGGCAUAUGCAAGAAAAUGAUCUUAUAAAAGACAUUUCUUACGAAAAUACCACUAGAAAAGAUGAUACUAAAACAAAUCAGAUAUUUUACAAAAACGCUGACAAGACAAAAGUUCUAAAUGAUAUUCUUAAAGAAGAUGCAAAAGUAGAUUACGUAAAACAACACAUUAACACUGCAAAGAAUGCAGAAAAAAAAUCAUUUAAUGCUGUUAAACAAAUAGGUGAAGAAAUUGUUACAAUUCCUAGGAAAAAUAGAGCUAUUAACAAGCCCAUAGAUGCAAGAAAACUAAAUUUUCACGAAAGGCCGUUUUCUAGAGGCAAGCUAAGAGGAGAAGACUUGUCUAAGAACGAAAAACAAACUUGUACUAAAUAUAAGCAAAAGCCUAGCUCGUAUAUGGAACUCGCUUUGCUAAAAGACAGUUCAAAUCGAGAAAAGCAUAUAUACAAUAAUACUCAUAACAUUUUAUGCCCAAACACAAAUGCUGAACAAGAUGAAAAUACAAUAAACACAAAUAAUGAAAUAAAUAAGAUUUUGGCCUCCAAGGAUUUUAUUUUAGAAAACGGUAAAAUGAUAUUUAAGAUACCAAAAUUUAGACCUAAAUUAAGUACACCAGGCAAUAAAGAUUUAUAUACCGAAAUACUAGAUAAUAGUGUACAAGCCUCAAACAUUGUAAAUUCUGCAGAAAUAUCUUUUGUGGGGAAACAACAACUACUAAAAUCUGUAGUAAAAGAGAAUAUCUCUGAAAAGGUUUUACAAAUACCUAAACCUAGUAUUAAGAUUAGUCUUCCUAAUUUAGUUUCUAGUAAUCAUUGGUCUUUAUUAAAUAAACAGAAAAAACAAACUUUGGAUAAUCCAAUUAAAAUUAACGAGCUGGAAGCUAAUAAGACAUUAAUAUCUGACGGAGAUGUUUGCCAAAUUGGUGCUGUGACAGAAAAUAUAGCAAAAACAAUUUCGAUAAAGACAGACUCACAAUCUACAUCUGGUCAAAAAGAUGAUACCAUCAAAAAUAUUUUACGUAAACCUAAAAUUAUAAUCAAGUUUUCCCAUUUUGGUGAAAAACGAAAGUUGGAUGAACAUCCAAUAAUGGUAAAUAAAUUAGAUCCUCAGAAAAAGUUAAAAUAUAAUACAGAUAUCUGUAAUACUUUUAGCUCUAAUAAAAAUAUUUCAAAAAUACCAUCAAUGGAGAAAGAAAUAAAUCACGACAAACAAGAUAAUGAGACAAAAGUUUUUUCAGGAAAAUUAUCACCUAUUACUAAAAUGAAGCUGCCCAAUUUACGUGAAAAAUAUAAGUUACACGUGGAUCCUAUUAAAUCCUAUAUAGAUCCUUGUCAAAGUAUUAUUCUAGAACGAAAUAAAGUAGAAAGACCGUCGAUACGAAAAGAACCACCUCCUUCAAAUAAAAAGGAAGAUAAGGAUAAAAAGAAUCCAAGAAAGCCCAAACCAGCUAUCAGAUUUCCUCCAUCAAAUCAUCAAGAAAAACCAAAACUUUACGACGACCCAAUAAAGUCAAAAGAACUCGGUACCAAACAUGAAUUAAAAUUUGAUACAGAUCUUGGUCAAAGCGAUACAGCUCAACAAAAUAAAGCAGAUAAAAACGUAAUAAAUAACGAUUGUAUACUAAGAGAAAGACUUAAGUCCGUUAUUGCGUAUGUGAAAGAACUUCAAAAUAAAAAUAAGAAUAAUAACUUAAUAAAGCAAGAGGAGCAAAUAGAUAACUUAAAUACAAAGUCGAGGAAAUAUUCAAGAUUAUCCCAGCAAGUUUUUGAUAAAUAUAAAAACAGAAGUAAUGAAAACUGUUUCAUUGAAAUGGAAGGAUCUAAAAAAAUCUCUGAGCAACUAAAAAAGGUUUUAAAAUUAAAUUCCAAUGAACUAAGCGUCGAAAAUAUUAAGGCAAUGGGCGGUCUACCUACAGAUCAUGUUACAGAGCUGAACAAUAUGAGUACGUCUAAGAACCAACCACUACCACCGCACAUUAUACGAAAAAUAAUGAAAUUGAAACUUAAACUUGACAAAGGAACAAAUCACAAACAAGUCAAUGAGAAUGAAAAUGUCGUUAGCGUUGUCACAAAAUCACAAGAAACCAGCAUCCAGAAACCAGUUUUGAAACCAAGCCAUUCAGAUUCAAGUUUGAUGACAAUGUUCUUGUUGGAAGAAGAUGACGAAAAGAACACGGUUUUACUAGACAAAGCAAGACCAUCAACUGCUCUCGAUAACAUAAAAAAAUCUAAAAAUGAUAAUGUUAAAAAGAUACCUUUAAAGCGAAUGGCCGAAUAUGCCAGAAGUCCACAAAAGAUUAAGAAAUCUGAAGAGGUGAUACCAGAAUUACCGAAAGGAAAAGAAAUUUUAACAAAAUCUAUGCCUAAAAAUAUAAAAACCUUAGACACUGCUAUCAAUAAAAAAUCUAUGCAGUUCGAAGAAAAACGUAAUAAAACGAAUAUAAAUAAGAUACAAGACAUCACAUUAAAUCCAAUUGAUAAAAUAGGAUCAUCUAAAAAACUUGCAAGAACUAUUUAUCUAGAGACGAUAACAAUCAACUUAAUAAAGAAAACGCAAAAGAUGAUUCACUGCGAAGAAAAUUAUAGUGCUGAAAAGAAUAAAGAUGUGAAAUAUAUUAUUAAAGAUUCAAUUAUCAAACAACAUUCCUCAAAAACACCUACAGAAAAAAAAUUAUUCAGUGAUGGUAAGGGUCAGUCAAAAAAAGACAAUAUAAAAUAUGCGAAUAAAACAAAUAAUAACGCAACAGUUAAGUCUAAAAAUAAAAGAACCUUAGACAUUAUUAAAUCUACACAAGGAAGUCACACAAAAAUCCACUGCCAACAACACCUUAAUGAUAAAAUGAAGCCAGAAAAUGUGUUAGAGAUUGUUAGAGAUCCAGAUAAUAAAAAUAAAUUAUUCAAAACACAAAUAAAAAAAACUCCAACCAAUGAUAUUAAAGAUCACUCUCAAGCUGAAAAUAGAAGUUUAAUUAAAAAAAGUUUCAACACAAGAGAUAUAUGUAAUAUUAGUGAAAGGGUAGCGAAAAAUAGAUCUCGUUUAAAAAAAUCUAAUGUUUUAUUAACAAAAAAGAACAAUAAAUUAAAUAAAAUUGGACAUAGGGUGGAAUUACAAAAUAAUAAAGUAGAAAACAAACUUGUUGAAAGUAAAAGUAAAAGUGUGGUAGCCGUAAUUAUAAAUAAGGAAAAUACAACCAACAAGACUAAAUUUGUCUAUAAAAAACCGUAUAAUGAAUCUAAAAAUGAAAGAAAUAACAGUGGGAUAAAUAAUAUUCAUAAAAUGGAUACAACUCAAGUUUCACAAAACUAUACAUUUAAUCAUUUUAAAGAAGCUAAAGAAAACAGUAAAACUACAACAGAAAUUAAAAAAACUAAUUAUCCAAUAGAAAAUACCAGAUCUGGGGAACAUCUAAACGAAGAAAUUAAAACUGACAAGAAGUUCGACAAUAAAAUUACUGUCAAAGUUUCCUCUAAAGAGGACAAGAAAGCCAACAAUGAAAAGACGAAUAAGAAAGACAAAAUUCUAUUUUCCAAAGACAGUUUAGUAAGAAUUGUAGUAGAUGUAGCUGAAAAAAAGAAACCUCUUUCAGUUUUACAAACUUCGAAACCAUCAGAAGAAGCAAGUCAAAAGAAUACACCAGAAAAAGAUACUAAUGGUUCUUUUUUUAAGUCCAAUAAUAUCUUACAAUCUGAUUUGCACUUAAAUGCUGCAUCAAAAAACUACUUUAACUGUGAUUUAAAAACAUCAUUCAAUGAAACAAUAGAGGAUAUAUUAAAGGACACUAUAUUAGACGAAACUAAACACCCUGAAACUUUAGUUAUGAUUGAUCUUAGAAGUAAUGCAAGUGAAGUUAAAUUUUUGGAUAUCUCGACCAAAAACGAUAUAGGUAAAUCAUCUUCUUACAAAAUUAUACCUAAAAAAUCUUCAAAAUCUUUAGAAAAUAUAAACAAACAACUUAAUAAUUAUUUUUCAGACUAUGAUUAUAGCUAUAUAAGUAGACUAGCGCAAAAGAAGAAGAAAGAUAGAAAGUAUGGUCAUAGCAGCAAUAACGAAUACUGCUUUAAGUCUCAUUUAAGUAACGAGGAAAAAAAGGUUCAAAACAGAUCCGAGCAAGAGUUUAACAAUAAGAUGUCUGAAAUAAAAAAUACUACAUCCUCGAUUAGUAUAAAUGAAUAUAUUAAUAAUGAAUCUAUGAGAAACUUUUCAUCACUUUCUAACGAAGUCACAGAAAAUAUUUCUAAUACAAACCGCAAUACUGUUACUAAAAAAGUCAGAGAUAAAUUAAAACAUAGUGAUGCUAAUAAAAAUUCAAUAAACAUGUAUAGCAAGGAUCCGGAUAAACCAAUAGAUGACAAACCCAAGGAAAAAGUGGAUAAAAAAGCUAACAAAUCUGAGAAACAGAAGAAGACUCUCGAUAAAAAAGGUAAUAAAUCUUUAAAUAAGAGUGAAACUAAGAUAGUUAAAGCACCAAGUUAUUUUAGAGGUGGUAGACGUUAUAACAAAUUAUCAAAACCACCAACGUUUUCUGCUGGACGUUCAAAAAAUAUCCAAAAAGGCAAAGCUGAGAAAAAUCAGGCAAAAGGAGAAACGAAAAACCAUAAAAGGCGUAACGGUAUAACAUUUCUGCUACACAAUCAGCUUAUUAGUGACCUAGAUAAACUAAAGUUAUUAAGACUAAUCGAAAAAGAAGACUUAGAUAAAAUGGUGGAGAAGCUAAAAAUAAAUCCCAAUCAAGUAAACGAUUCUGAUUUUUAUAGAGUUUCUUCAGUUGAAAAAGAACUCUAUAACCGAAAAAAAUCGCGAGAUAAAAUGAAUAGAGAUUUUAGAAAAAAAAUGUCUGAUUUAUUACAAAAAACAAAAACUGUGCAAUAUACUGGUAAAAGUGGAACUAAGUCAGUUGCUCCAACUACAAGUUCCUCAUUAAAAAAACGUCCUGUGGAUAUGGCAGGAAUGCCUCCUAAAAUCAAAGAAAAUGAAGUAUCUAUAAAGAAAAAUAUUCAAAACAACAUCUUAAAAAGUCCAGUACAUCUUUUAGAUGUAAAUAAACAAAGUACAACUUCUAAUCAGAUUAAAACAAAAAAUAUAGUACCAAUAAAAAUCCCUUCCUCCAAAAAUUUAUCAAAAAAGCAGACUGAACAUUCCACCUAUCAAACAGUUGAUAUUUCAUCUAAAGAAAACGCCGUUCCAUUAAACAAACAUUCGGAAAAGACCAAUAUUGAGAGAGACUACAACAUAAAAUCUGAUAAUAAUAAAAAAAGGCAGACUGAACCUUCCACGAAUCAAACAAUAGAUCUUUCAUCUAAAGAAAAUGCCGUUGCAUUAAACAAACAUUCUGAAAAAACCAGUACUGAGAGAGACAACACAAAAUCUGAAAAUAUUAAAAAAAACGAUAAAGGGAAAGAAAACGACAAAGAGUCACCUAAAGCUAGUUUAAAUGAUACAGCAGAGACAUCAGAGGAGCCAACAAAUUCUUCAAAAUCUUCAGAAAAAACAAAGGAACGCGAAUUUAGAGAAGUAAUAAGGGAGGAACUUAAUAAUAUUUUUGAAAAUGGACCUCCAAAUGUUAACACACAGGUGAAUUUGGUGGCAAAAGUCGAAGAAAUUAUGGAUACCAAUAAGACAUUGUGGAAAUUUAAUAAGAAUUUUAAUAAGAGGUUGUAUGAUCAUUUCAAAGUAUCUUCGAAAACAUCCCCUUAUGUUUUAAAAGCUCCAGUUACUGUAGAAAAGGAACUAAAAACAUUCAGUGAUAUCAAACGGACAGAUAUGUGGCCGGAGUACCAGAAAAAAGAAUGCGUUAGUAUUUUAAUUCCACCUAGAGAUUUGCGACGUUUUUUAGAUUCGAUAAAGAAUAAUGAUGUUUCAACAUUGCUGAAUAAACAUGACGAACAACAAAAGUUUGAGCAGAAAACAGAGUUACCGAGGUAUUAUGGACCUAAGAUCACGUACAUGGCUGUAAACAAAUCAGAAACAGUUCCAGAAUUCCCUUACCAAGCGUCUUCAAUGAAACCAACAAGAAGCAACACGCUCGAUAUUAACCCAAUUAAUGAUAAACAUGUAAAAGCUACGAUUUUAAAAUAUUUACAAGAUAUGCAAAAUAUUCAAAACGAAAUAAUUAAAAAUAUGACUAACGAUACGGACCCUAUUUUACAGGAGCCAACAAGUAGGCAAAACUGCAUAGAUAACGCUUCUUCUCUAACAAGUGAACAACGAAGUUUUUCCGAAAAAGGCAGUAAUACAAGUUUAAAAGAAACUAAGACAAUAUUGGAGCCAAAAUGUAAUAAGAAAAAUCCUAUAAACAAAAACGUAAAAAAUGAGAACGAUGAAAAGAAUCCAGAAUUAAAAUAAAUAAUAAAAAACUACUGUUUACUGUAAUUUAAAAUUCUAUUUUUUUUUAUGAGAUUAAGUGUCGGACCAUAUUUUUGAUAUGUAUUGUAAAAAUAUAAAGAACUUUGUAUAACGUU